AUGCACACCGAUCAACCGGUGACUCAUCCUUUAAUUCUGCUCUCUGGCAGCUGCUGUCCCAGCUCCAACGUCCACUCCUGCAGGAAGCCCUCCCUGACCCCCAGGCUAGGAACCACAGAGCGAGUAUGCCUGGUACAGGGCACAGCAGAGGCCUUGAAUGCUGUGCACAGCUUUAUUGCUGAGAAGGUCCGAGAAAUCCCACAAGCAAUGACCAAGCCUGAGGUGGUCAACAUCCUUCAACCCCAAACCACGAUGAACCCCGACAGAGCCAAGCAGGCCAAGCUGAUCGUCCCCAACAGCACCGCGGGCCUGAUCAUCGGCAAGGGGGGAGCGACAGUGAAAGCCGUGAUGGAACAGUCGGGUGCCUGGGUGCAGCUGUCCCAGAAGCCAGAGGGCAUCAACCUUCAGGAGCGCGUGGUGACAGUCAGCGGCGAACCGGAGCAGGUGCACAAGGCCGUGAGCGCCAUCGUACAGAAGGUACAGGAAGACCCCCAGAGCAGCAGCUGCCUCAACAUCAGCUACGCCAACGUGGCUGGCCCCGUGGCCAACUCCAACCCCACCGGCUCACCGUACGCCAGCCCCGCUGAUGUGCUGCCCGCCGCCGCCGCCGCCUCGGCCGCCGCCGCCUCCGGCCUGCUGGGCCCCGCGGGGCUGGCGGGCCCAGGCAGGCCUUCGCUGUUGGCCACGCCCCUGCCCCGCGCCGACUUUGAAACUCUGAGGCCGGCUAUCGCGAAAGCCUGA